UGAGCCCAAAUAAAGCGGUCUUUAGUUUCAACAAAUUGGUCUUAAAUAAAGUGUUUAAAAGUGAGCAAAUUUUCCACAAUACAGAUAUGUCCGAUAGAAGGCGUCGUUAUAGAAAGCCCAAGGAUGAAAAGCCUGUAGUUCAGCCCAAAAUUUUGUUAAAAUCAAAUAAACCAGAUAAACAUGAUUCGGAUAGCACACCUUCCAGCUCGUCCUAUUCGAGAAAUUCCGAACACUCAACGUCGAAUUCUCAGGUUCCGCAUAAAACGAUAAUAUUUCAAAAAUCCAACACGCAAAGUCCCACAAUGAGUCCCAACGUAGCCAGGGAUCAACAACACUCAAACAUCGCAGCAUCGGCAUCAGCAUCGAGUAGUGAAACGACAAGUAAUCCCUCAGUGGAGACGGUCUAUCAAAUGAGCAGACCGGCCACUGUGAUCUCUUCCACUGGCACCAUUAAUGUGGGCACCAAAAAGCUCUUAAUGAAAACCAAUACAGAUUUCUUAGUUGUCGGUGUUGUGGGCACUCAAGGUGUGGGUAAAUCGACCAUAUUAAAUCUAUUAGCCAAUGAAUUGCAUGAUUUUGAUUACUAUCGCAAAGUAUUCGUUGAAGAGGAUAGUACAUUCCCCACUAAAUUAAAAAUCGCCAAAUGCUCCGCCCGUUCUCGCACGGAAUCCACUCACCUGUUCAUUACCUCUGACCGAAUGAUCCUUUUGGAUACACCACCUGUAAUGUCGAAUGCAUAUAAGAAAGACAUGAUCACCAAUGAACUGGAAGACCUGGACAGUGUAAUUAUGCUUAUGUCCGUAUGCCAUUUGAUUAUUGUUGUUCAGGAUGAUUACUUCAAUUUGAGUUUCUUGAAUCUGAUACGCUUUGCGGAACUGAUGAAGCCCUCGCAAGAUGUUAAGCCAUUUUUGCAUGACUAUUUCCCCAAUGUGCUUUUUGUAAAAAACCGUGCCAAACGCUUAGAUUUCACUCCAGCCAGCCAAGCUUGCCAAGAGCAAAUGCUGAGGGCUUUCUUUAAGGACUCCAAGUUGCGUAUAUUCAAAGGACAGACAAGUGAAGCUUUUAUCAUGCCUACCCAACAGCAGCAGGUUAGCCAAAAGAAUAAAAAGAAUCGUGGCACUGAUGUGGAUCGUGAAGUGAAUAUGUUUUUGUUUCCUGAAAUCAAAUCGGAGACAGCGACUACGUUUCAUGCUUCGCUAUUGGAUAUAGUGAAAAAAUUUCGCACUGAAGUAUUCACCACACCACGUAAUCCCAUGCAUGUGGGUCCCACAGAAUUAAACGAGGAGAUGUGGUUCGAUUGGCUAACAAAAGUUUCACAAGACAAUCAUAAUUUCUUCUUUAACACCUAUGAAGAUAUACAACGUAAACAUUUGGAUGCGGCAGCAAAUGAGAAAGGUAAUAUUGGUGCAGGCACUAGCAAUUCAAAUAGCUUUAAGGAUGAAAUUUGGUGAAAACAAUAAACAAAUAGAAGAAAAUCCCUCAGCAA